AUGGCCGAAGCUUUAGUCACUAUCGCAGCUGAUGGGAUAUUGAAAAAGGUGUUGUCUAUUGCUGCCGGAGAACUAGCCAUUGCUUGGGGUUACGAAGAAAAGCUGACCAGCCUACACAGAACAUUGGACCUGAUUCGUGCCAAGUUGCACGAUGCGGAGGGAAAAAAGGAAACAGAGGCUGUGAUGGUGUGGCUGAAGCAGCUAAAAGUUGUGGUGGGUGAAGCUGAUGAUGUGUUGGACGAGGUUCAUUAUGAAAUGUUGAGGCGUCAGAUAAAGAAACGAGAUCAGGUGGCAAGAAAGGUACCAUCUCUUCCAAGCUUGAAAAAGCUUUCAUUUCGCUGGGAAAUGGGUCAUAAAAUAAAAAACAUCAAUGAAAUGUUGCUUAAGAUCAAUACAGAAGCAAACAGCUUAGGAUUACAAAAUGAGCAGUACCCUGUUGGCCCUGUUCCAGAUCGCCUCUAUCGGGAGACUAUUCCACAUCCAGAAGAAUUCAAAAUUGUUGGAAGAGAUGAUGAUGUGCUACAUAUCAUAGAUCUUUUAACCAAACCAAGAACUGAAGAAAAACUUACAAUUGUUCCCAUUGUGGGAAUGGGCGGUAUUGGGAAGACAGCUUUGGCUAAGUCGGUCUACAAUGAUAAUAUAAUCGAGCAACAUUUUGAUGUGAGAGCAUGGUUGUGUGUGUCGAUUAAGGUUGAUAUCAUCACUCUUCUUGUAAAGAUCUAUGAAUCUGUUGCUGGACAGAAACCUGAGUCAGACUCUAAAGUCAAUUUAAUUAAAAGUCUUGAAGAGAAGUUGGGAUCAAAAAGAUAUUUUCUGGUCUUGGAUGAUGUUUGGGUUGAAGAGAGGCCGUAUUGGGAAGAGUUUAGGAGAUGUAUGUUAGGUGUAAACUCACAAAAUGGAAGUGGCAUUCUUGUCACUACACGGAAGCUUGAAAUCGGAACAACUGGAAUGAAGGCUGAUUCAUGUCUUUUAAAAGGUCUUUCUGAUGAUCAUUGUUGGGACAUCUUUAGAGAAAGAGUUUUUGUGGCAGGCACAUCACCGUCUCCAGAACUGGAGGAGAUAGGCCGUGAGAUUGUAAAAAAAUGUGGUGGUUUACCGUUGCUAUUAAAUGUAAUAGGUGGCAUGUUGGCAAAUUACAGUGAUCCAGAGAAGUGGUUGUCCAUCAAAAAUAGCAAGGUUUGGGAUCUGGAAGAAGAAAGGGAUAGAGUUCAAAAGAGUUUGGAAUUGAGCUUUGAUAAUCUCCCAAAUUCUAUCGUCAAGCAAUGCUUUGUGUAUUGUUCCAUCUUUAAGAAAGAUACCGUCAUGGAAAGGGAAGAACUGGUCCAACUUUGGAUGGCUUUAGGGUUGGUUCAAGCAGAUGAGGAAAAGAACAAGGAGAUGGAGGAUGUGGGGAAUGAUAUUUUUCAAAUUUUGGUCAGCAACUCGUUGUUCCAAGAUGUUGGAAGGGAUAAAUAUGGUCACCUCACUCAUUGUAAUAUGCAUGAUCUGGUGCAUGAUCUUUCAUUAUCACUUUCAAAACAUGAAAACUUAUGUCUGGUGGAUGCGACUAAUGAUGAUAUUGCAUGUAUCCCUCAAGUUAAACAUCUUUCAUUAUCACUUUCUUUUUACCAAGAACUGAACGAGGAUGAUGAAUUCAAAGCCAAGGUUUCUAUGUUCUCUGAACGGGAUACAAUGGCUAGAAAUUUGCAUACACUGUUCAUCAAUGGCAAAGUUGAGAAGAAAUUUUCAUUUCAACCGUUAACAUGCAUGCGAAUCCUAAAGCUCAAUAGAUGUGAGAUAAAGAAGAUAGACGACUCACUUGGAGAGUUGGUGCAUCUCAGGUAUCUUGAUUUGUCAAGUACUAAAAUCCAUGUUUUGCCACAAUCUAUUGGUAAAUUAUACCACUUGCAAACUCUGAAGUUGCAAAGUUGCUAUAGUCUCAACAAGUUUCCAGAAUCCAUGAGAAAUUUGAUCAGCCUAAGAUUUUGUAAAUCUGUAAAAAGCAUUCCCAACAAUAUCGUGGGACAAUUGACUUCUCUUCGAACGUUAAUGCCUAAUUCCUUCAGCGUGCUUAGAAAUAAGGGACAUGGUAUUGAAGAGCUGCGCCAUUUGAAUAACCUUACUGGAAGCCUCUGUAUUUCACAUCUAGAGAACAUCAAUAGCAAAGAGGAUGCUGUCAAGGCAGAUUUAUCUAGCAAGAAAAAUUUAUACGAGAUUGAAUUCAAUUGGACUUGUUAUGAUGAAGUUGGCAACAGAAAUGACAAGGAAGUAUUGGGAGGCCUGCAAGCCCCUGGAGCUGUGAAAAUAUUGACAAUUAAAAGAUUUUCUGGUGAUAAUUUUCCAGAAUGGGUAAUGAAGAUGGCAGUCAAUAUUGAUAGGAACGAGACGCCCCUUGACAAGCUGGUGUCAAUCAGAUUAGAUGGAUGUAGGAGAUGCCUCUCUCUUCCGACGCUUGAGCACCUACCACAUCUUCUGGAUCUUGAGUUGAUUAAUAUGGACAACUUAACAUGCUUAAGGAGUUCAGAUGUUACUGGAUCAAUGAUGCCUUUGUCUCCAUCUUUGAGAUCACUAACACUGGAUGGUAUGAAAAGACUAGAAAAGUGGAUAGAUGGAGCAACCAAUAGCUCAAAAAUGAUAUCACCUGUCCUUCAGAAGUUGUCCAUUGAGAAUUGCCAAAAGAUUAUUCUCUUAGAUGAAUGCCAUCCCCAUCCUCUUGUGUCCUUGAAGAUCCAGAACUGCUAUGGUCUGGAGUAUAUUAAGAGCAUACAAGGACUUACAUCUCUUGAAUCUUUACGUAUCGAUAACUGCCCUAGUCUUUUAGGAAUAACCAAUUUUUCUGGUCACAAUUACCCGACAUCAGUAACGAAGAUGGCAAUUGAUAUUGAACGGAAAUGGACGCCCUUUGACAAGAUCCUGUCGAUCACAUUAUCUGACUGUUGUAGCUGCCUCUCUCUUCCGACGCUUGAGCACCUUCCACAUCUUCAGGAUCUUGAGUUGAUUAAUAUGGACAGCUUAACAUGCUUAAGGAGUUCCGAUAUUACUGGAUCAACAAAGCCUUUCUCUCCAUCAUUGAGAUCGCUCCGACUAAGAAGUAUGAAAAGACUGGAAAAGUGGAUAGAUGGAGCAACCAACAGCUCAAUAAUGAUAUCGCCUGUCCUCCAGAGCAUGGAUAUCGAGAAUUGCCCAAAGAUUGUUCUCAUAGAUGAGUGCCAUCCUCAUCCUCUUGUUUCCUUAAAGAUAUGGAUAUGCAGAGGUCUGGAGUACAUUAAGAGCAUACAAGGCCUCACAUCUCUCAAAUCUUUAAAAAUUGCCAUGUGUCCUAGUCUUUUAGGAAUAACCAAUUUACCCAACGAGUGUCAUUCUUUGAAGACUUUGGAAAUUACCGACUGCGGCAAACUGACUUCCUUGCCUCAUGAAAUGUUUGACUCUUUUGCUUUCUUGAAAAGGUUGGAACUUGGUCCGUUCUCGGAGGAGCUCGAUUCUUUCCCAAGUCUCCAAGGCAUCGAGAAGUUAAGGAACCAGCUUCACUCGUUAGAAUUGUACGGAUGGGAUCAUUGUGAGUCAAUACCUGAAGAAAUACAACACCUCACCUCACUUACUUGGUUACGCAUAUUUAGAUUCGGAAUACAAGAACUGCCUAUGUGGUUAACCAACAUGUCAUCUAUUCGAGAAAUGAGAUUCACUGUUUGCAGGGGGCUGGAUGAAGAAAAGGUUAAACAGGGAGCACCACGGGAAGCAAAUGUUGUCAAAUUAGAUAAUUUGACUGUAAAUAGAUCAAAAUGUUAA